GAGCCCAGCCUCCUCUCGGGUGACAUCACAAAGGGCCGGUCCCCCGCCCCUUCGGCGCCACCACGUGUGUCCCCGCGCCCGGUGGCCACCCGACUCAGUCCCUCGCCGGCCGGUCCGGGCAGCGGAGGAGGGCGGCUGGCAGCGGCUGGAAGCUUCGCUAUGGGAAGUUGCUCCUUCGCUGUCUCGCGCGCAGCCCUCCUCCCUGGUUCUCCGCAGCGGCCGUCGGAGGAGAGCACCGGGGGGCGCGGGCUGCAGCCGCGGCUGCUUCUCCCCGCCCGGGCGGCCGCGCCGCUGGGCAGGUGCUGAGCGCCCUCUGAGCCUCCCCGGCCGCCUCCCGCCCCUGCCCGGCUGCGGGCUGCCGCAGUGCACAUGGGCUGUUGGAGGUAGAUGGGCUCCCGGCCCGGGAGGCGGCGGUGGAUGCGGCGCUGGGCAGAAGCAGCCGCCGAUUCCAGCUGCCGCGGGGCCGUGCGCCCCUGCGAGCCCCCGGCUCAGCCAUGGGGACCUCCGCGAGCAGCAGCACCACCCUCGCCUCCUGCAGCCGCUUCGCCCGCCCAGCCCGAGCCACGAUGAUCGCGGGCUCCCUUCUCCUGCUUGGAUUUCUUAGCAGCACCACGGCUCAGCCAGAACAGAAGGCCCCGAAUCUCGUUGGCACAUACCGCCACGUUGACCGUGCCACAGGCCAGGUGCUUACCUGUGACAAGUGCCCAGCAGGAACCUACGUCUCCGAGCAUUGUACCAACACAAGCCUGCGCGUCUGCAGCAGUUGCCCCGCGGGGACCUUCACCAGGCAUGAGAAUGGCAUAGAGAGAUGCCAUGACUGUAGUCAGCCGUGCCCAUGGCCAAUGGUUGAGAAAUUACCUUGUGCUGCCUUGACUGACCGAGAAUGCACUUGCCCACCUGGCAUGUUCCAGUUUAACGCCACCUGCGCCCCCCACACCGUGUGUCCUGUGGGUUGGGGUGUGCGGAAGAAAGGGACUGAGACCGAGGACGUGCGGUGUAAGCAGUGUGCUCGGGGUACCUUCUCCGAUGUGCCUUCUAGUGUGAUGAAAUGCAAAGCAUACACAGACUGUCUGAGUCAGAACCUGGUGGUGGUCAAGCCGGGGACCAAGGAGGCAGACAACGUCUGUGGCACACUCCCGUCCUCUAGCACCGCCUCGCCUUCCCCCAGCACAGCCAUCUUUUCACGUCCCGAGCACACGGACUCCCAUGAAGUCCCUUCCUCCACUUAUGUUCCCAAAGGCAUGAACUCAACAGAAUCCAACUCUUCUGCCUCUGUUAGACCAAAGGUACCGAGUGGCAUCCAGGAAGGGACAGUCCCUGACAACACAAGCUCAGCAAGCGGGGAGGAAGGCAUGAACAAGACCCUCCCGAAACUCCAGGUAGUCACCCACCAGCAAGGCCCCCACCACAGACACAUCCUGAAGCUGCUGCCGUCCAUGGAGGCCACCGGGGGCGAGAAGUCCAGCACGCCCAUGAAGGGCCCCAAGAGGGCCCACCCCAGGCAGAACCUGCACAAGCAUUUUGACAUCAAUGAGCAUCUGCCCUGGAUGAUUGUGCUCUUCCUGCUGCUGGUGCUUGUGGUCAUCGUAGUGUGCAGUAUCCGGAAAAGCUCAAGGACUCUGAAAAAGGGGCCCCGGCAGGAUCCCAGCGCCAUUGUGGAAAAGGCAGGGCUGAAGAAAUCCGUGACUCCAACUCAGCACCGGGAGAAGUGGAUCUACUACUGCAACGGCCAUGGUAUUGACAUCUUGAAGCUUGUAGCAGCGCAAGUGGGAAGCCAGUGGAAGGAUAUCUAUCAGUUUCUGUGCAAUGCCAGCGAGAGGGAGGUGGCCGCUUUCUCCAGCGGGUACUCGGCGGACCAUGAGAGGGCCUACGCGGCCCUGCAGCACUGGACCAUCCGGGGCCCCGAGGCCAGCCUGGCUCAGCUGGUGAGCGCCCUGCGGCAGCACCGCAGAAAUGAUGUCGUGGAGAAGAUUCGAGGGCUGAUGGAAGAUACCACCCAGCUGGACACUGACAAGCUGGCCCUCCCCAUGAGCCCCAGCCCGCUGAGCCCCAUCCCCAUGAGCCCCAGCCCCAACGCGAAGCCGGAGAACUCCACUCUCCUGACGGUCGAGCCGUCCCCCCUGGAGAAGAACAAGGGCUUCUUCGUGGACGAGUCGGAGCCCCUUCUCCGCUGCGACUCCACGUCCAGCGGCUCGUCCGCGCUGAGCAGGAACGGCUCCUUCAUUACCAAAGAAAAGAAGGACACGGUGUUGCGGCAGGUACGCCUGGACCCCUGUGACUUGCAGCCCAUCUUUGACGACAUGCUCCACAUUCUGAAUCCUGAGGAGCUGCGGGUGAUUGAAGAGAUUCCCCAGGCUGAGGACAAACUGGACCGGCUAUUCGAGAUUAUUGGAGUCAAGAGCCAGGAAGCCAGCCAGACCCUCCUGGACUCUGUUUAUAGCCAUCUUCCUGACCUGUUGUAGAGCAUAGGGAAACUGCAUUCCACUCAAUUUAGUGGCAGGGUGGUAUUUUUUGUUUUGUUUUGUUUCUGAGUUUUAUUUUUUUUGGAGUGUGUGUGUUUGUGUGUGUGUUUAACAGAGUAUAUGGCCAGUGUUUGAGGUCUUUCUUCUCCCUUUUCUUUUUUUGUUUCUCUCUGAAAAGUUAGUUUGUAAGCCUUUUCAAGGUAUAACCGUUGCAAAAUACCCACCACUAAUGUUUCUUAAGUUCCAUUGUUUUCUCUGUCUUGCCUUCUUAUGUACUUUCGAAAUCGUUCUGUGCACUUUAAAUUCACUUAACUUACUGUAAAUGCAGUGUAACUUUUCUUACACACCGGAUUGUGAGGCUCUUAACUUAAAAGUGUAAUGACAUCUUGUGAAUCCUAUAAACAGUCUUUAUGUCUCUUAACCUUCACAUCUACUUUUUUUUUUAAAAAAAAAAAUUAUUACUAUUUUUUUAAUUGUUUUUCCUUUAUAAAUUUUCUUAAGGAUUAAGGAAAUUUAAGACCUGUUGAGUUAUUGUAAUGCAAUUAGACUUUGAGUUCUCUUUUUAAUAUGUCUUGUGUAGUUCAUGUUCAUGGCUGAAACUUGACCACACUGUUGCUGUCUUACGGUUUUCACCUGGACACCGUGCAGAAUGCUUGAUUACUUGUGCUUUUCUUACGCUAAUAUGUUCUGGGCUGCAGAGAUGAAAUCUUCAAGCCGUCAGGACUUGCUAUUUAAGUGGCUUGACAACUGGGCCACCCAAAGAACUUGAACUUUAUCUUCUAGGGAUCGAGCUGUUCUGGAACACAUUGCUGCACUUCGGAAAGUCAAAAUCAAAUGCCAGUGGCACCUUUUCCAUAGAGAAUUUGCCCAGCUUUGCUUUAAAAGAUGUCUUGUUUUUUAUACACACUUAGUCAAUAGGUCCAGUCUGCCCUCAAGGUCUUGAUCUUGGUGGGUUUCUUUCACCGUUCAUUUACUUUAAUUAAAAAUGGCUGCAGCUGUAAGAACUCUUGUCUGAUAUAUUUGCAACUAUGCUCCCAUUUAUAAAUGUACCCUUCAACGCUCUGUUGCCAGAUUCUAAUGCAAAGGUAGUUCGGACUCCCUUUGUGUGAGCAGGGUUUGUGGGUCGUGGUGAGGAACCAAUUAUCAGAAAAAUGCCUUCAAGUGUACUAAUUUAUUAAUAAAUAUUAGGUGUUUGUUA